AUGAGUAACUUGAUUUCUAAUGCUGCUGCCGCAGCACAUUUGCCAUCUUCAAAUUUUUCACCAUUUGAUCAAUCACAGUUGAACGCUAUGGAGAAUAGAAAUGGUUUCAAUGACAGCGCCUCGUUUCACGACCAUGAAUUAGGAUUGGCUCACACAGCACAAAUCGGUGCUUUGAUUGAAAGUGAAGAAGAGGGUGACGUUUCGGAGAUCUCACAACAUUAUGAACACGCUUGUGCGUAUUGUGGUGUACAUACUCCCAACUCGGUCAUCAAGUGUAAUACUUGUAACAAAUGGUUUUGCAACUCGAAAACCAACUCAACGAGCUCGCAUAUUGUCACCCAUUUGGUCAUGUCACGUCAUAAUCAAGUUAGUUUACAUGAAGAGUCAGAUCUUGGAGAAACUACUUUGGAGUGUUACAAUUGUGGUAACAAGAAUGUGUUUAUGUUGGGGUUUGUGUCUGCCAAGCAGGAAUCAGUGGUUGUGAUAUUAUGUCGAUUGCCAUGUGCUAGAUCCAAAGAUAUCAACUGGGAUACCAGUCAUUGGCAAGCAUUGAUUGAAGAUCGACAAUUUUUAUCGUGGUUGGCACCACCGCCGACUGAAGAUGCAUUGAUAGAUUCGGUUAUGGUUACACCACAACAGAUUACCAAGUUGGAAGCGCAAUGGAGAUUGAAUAGAAAUGCCACCAUCAACGAUAUAGAAAACACUGACAAACAAGAAGAGGAGGUAUUGCCGAUACUUAUGAGGUAUACUGAUGGAUUCCAAUACCAACAUUCAUUUGGACCUUUGGUGAAAUUGGAAGCUGACUAUGACAAGAAUCUAAAAGAAUCACAAGCUUUGGAACACAUCCAAGUGAAAUGGGCGUUGGGGUUGAAUAACAGACACUUGGCCUCAUUCACUCUUUCAACUUUUGAAACCACUGAUUUGAAAGUUGCUGUUGGAGAUGAGAUUAUUUUGAGAUAUAGUGGGAGCCAGGGCGAAGCAUGGCAAGGUCAAGGGUUUAUCUUGCGGUUGCCAAAUUCUUACCAAGAAGAGUUUACAUUGGAGUUGAAUCCGUCAAAGGUUGCCCCACCAACACAUUUAACCACUGAUUUCACUGCUGAGUUCGUUUGGAAAGGUACUUCAUAUGAUCGUAUGCAACAGGCUAUGAAGGAUUUUGCCACUGAUGAAAAAUCAGUCUCGUCAUAUAUCUAUCACAAGUUAUUGGGUCAUGAUGUUGCCCCAGUUGAGUUUGAUAUUGAGUUACCCAAGAGAUUCUCGCACCCUAAAUUGACUGAAUUGAACGUGUCGCAAGCAAAUGCGGUCCGAUCCGUUUUGCAGCGUCCGUUAUCUUUGAUCCAGGGACCACCGGGUACUGGUAAAACUGUUACUUCAGCAACUAUUGUGUAUCAUUUGUCAAAGUUGAAUAAGGAGAAGAUUUUGGUUUGUGCUCCAUCCAACGUUGCUGUUGAUCAUUUAGCGGCCAAGUUAGAUUCCUUGGGAUUGAAUGUUGCUCGAUUGACUGCCAAAUCGAGAGAAGAUGUCGAAAGUUCAGUGAGUCAUUUGGCGUUACACAAUGUUGUCAACAAAACUGCCAAAGGCGAAUUGAAAAAAUUGAUUAAGUUGAAAAAUGAAGUUGGCGAGUUGUCCGCUGAAGAUUCGAAAAAAUAUAUCAAGCAUUUGCGUACUUCAGAAUUGAAGAUUUUGAACAAAUGUGAUGUUGUUUGUUGUACUUGUGUUGGUGCUGCUGAUAAGAGAUUAGCGCAGUUUAAGUUUAGAACCGUGUUGGUUGAUGAAAGUACUCAAGCUUCUGAACCUGAAGUGUUGAUUCCCAUUGUUAAAGGGGCCAAGCAAGUGAUUCUUGUUGGUGACCAUCAACAAUUGGGUCCGGUAAUCUUGGAUAGAAAAGCUGCGGAUGCCGGGUUGAAACAAUCACUAUUUGAGCGAUUGGUUUUCCUUGGGCACGUUCCGAUCAGAUUAGAAGUCCAGUACAGAAUGCAUCCUUGUUUGUCGGAGUUUCCAAGUAACAUGUUUUAUGAAGGUUCUUUACAAGAUGGUGUCACCAAUGCUGAUCGAGUUGUUGCAGACUCUUCGUUCCCAUGGCCAGUUAUUGAUACGCCAAUGAUGUUUUGGGCCAAUUACGGACGUGAAGAGUUGAGUAGCAGUGGUAAUUCGUACUUGAACAGAGUUGAAGCUAUGAAUGUGGAGAGAAUCAUUACUCGAUUGUUUAAAGACGGUAUCAAGCCGGAGCAAAUUGGAGUCAUUACACCAUAUGAGGGACAACGAGCAUAUUUGGUGCAGUUUAUGUCGAUGAACUCAACAUUGUUGAAUAAGCGUGAUGAGUAUCUAGAAGUUGAAAUCACCAGUGUGGACGCAUUCCAAGGCCGUGAAAAGGAUUUCAUCAUUUUGAGUUGUGUGCGUGCUAAUGAUUCACAAAGUAUUGGGUUUUUGAGCGAUCCAAGAAGGUUGAAUGUUGCAUUAACUAGAGCCAAAUAUGGGUUGUUGGUGUUGGGUAAUCCACGAGCUUUGAGCAGGAAUCGAUUGUGGAAUCAUUUGUUGGUUCAUUUUAGAGAAAAGGGAUGUUUGGUGGAUGGGCCAUUGGAUAAUUUACAAUUGUCGAUGGUUCAGUUGAAUAAUUACAAUGCUGGAAAUAAUCGUAACUUGAAAGCAGGUGCCGGUGCAAGUGGUGCCGGUGCUGGUGCUGGUGCUGGUAGUCAACAUCAAAAGAGGCUGCACCACGGUUUUGGUGCGCCUUCGACAAGCUACUUACUGACCAAUUUUGAUUCAGCUGCAAGUGGAGUUGGUGCAAGUGAGGCCCCUUACCAAUCAAGAUUGCGGAAUGAGCUUUGGCCAGCGUUGGCCCCGCAUCACCAAAAUGAACCAGGUGCAGAUGGCGGUGGAGAGUUAUACUACAAUGAUUCCAAUUCCAUUAGUGCCAAUUUCUAUUCCAAGUUGAACAAAUUGGACAAAAGUUUUGUCAAUGGUGGUAAUCGAUAUGCUGAUGAAAAUAUUGAAGAUGAGAUCAAGAGUAUUACUAGUUCGUUUGCUGCUGGAUUGAAUUUUUAG